AUGGAUGAUUCCGGGGACAGGGGCAAGAAGAGGGCCAGAUCUGCGCCACCUCCACCUGCAGCGGCUGUGGGGCCACUGUCAGUGGUCGUGGCCGCAACCGCCCUGCUGAUGGAGGUCGUGGUCGUGGUGACAGUAGUGGACGUGGGGGUAUGUGAUAUUUUCCUUGUACGCAGCUUUGACAGACUGCUGGCGGAUAUCGCAGACAGACCAAACCUACCUGAUGGUGAUGCAGCUGCAGCAGCCGCUGAGGAAGCACUGAAUGAUAUGCUCGGACUCGGCCGUGAGUCAGAUGAUGAUGGUACACCAGCAGCUGCAGCAGGUGCAGCGCGAGGUUCGUCUGCUCCCGCUCCCGGUGGGCCAAGUCCGCCAACGCCUGUGCCAUCAAGACCCGCUGAUGCCAAUCCGGGGCAGCACUGUGACCCGCUUCCCGCAGGACCACCGGGGUCGAGUGCUGAUGGCGGGCCACUGCCUGCCAAUGCAAAGGCAAAGGCGAAUGGAUGCAUUCAUUCCGCUGGACCGUCUAGUCCACAUGCGCCAAGUCGUGCUGGUGGGCCACCAGUCCCAUGUCCUGCCAAGGCCAAGGCCGAUGGAUACGUUCUUCCCGCUGCACCGCCUGCUGGCGCCCAUGGGGCCAAGGCCAACGCUGUGCCCACACCAACGGUCAAAGCGGCCAGAGCGGCCCCGAUUGGACACCCGGCACCAAUGCCAAGUCCUCCCCGGCCCGGACCAGCGCACGAGGCGCACGCCCCACCUGCUGGACUAGACCCCGCCCGUGAGGCCCAUGGGGUCAACGCCGCCCUGCCCGGACCAACAGCACCAGCGGCCCCGAUUGGACACCCGGCACACAUCGGUGUUGGCCUUGGCAAUGGAUCUGGAUCACCAAUGAACGUGCACGCGGCAAAUGGGCAGAUGACGAUGCCGCUUGCGUAUGUGAAUGUGCCACACGUCCUCCAGCAGCAGCCAAACACUGGUGGCUUCAGGGUCAAUGUCAGUAUCGAGGUGGUCAUUCGACCCUUGCCGCCGCCACGGGAGCCGGAUGCAGAAGCAUGA